AUGGCUGCCGCCAGUCUUGCAACUCUGCCAAACGAGCUGCUCGAGGACAUACUCCGGCCUCUUGCAAGGAGUGACCUGAACAGUCUCUGUAUCAGCUGCAAAGCACUUCAGAAGCGCAUAGAGCCCUUCCUGUACGCAGAUGCAGGCAGAAUCAUAGAAAGGGUUGUGCACCGGUCCAUAGGGAACACGGCCAUCAUCAAGGCCGCCCGACAUGGUCCCAUCAAGACUGAUGCCUGGUGCUUCUCCGCCCUGCGACAACUUAUUAGACAAAACCGGUUUGAGAGCUUUCAGAUCCUGUGGGACAGGGAUUACUGGGACCCCACGUAUGUCCAAGGCCGCAUGCACGUAUUGAAGAACAAACGAUCGGGGGAUAUAUGGAGUGGCACGCCAAAGAUGUUUGCAGAGGCGUGCCGUCCUGCGUCCCGUCAUUUCAUGGAGUACAUGCUCGAGCACCCUUGCAACAGCGGACACUACAUGGGACAGGCCGUCCCCGACAUCCUCUUGAUCAAAGUGCUACGGCGCGGAGAUGCCACAGCCAGCCUGGUCCAGUACUUGCUCGACCACGGCGCGGAUCCCCACCGCUGUCAAGCAACGGGAGGCGCCCAGGCCGACCCGCUCGCUCUCGCCAUCCAGCACGACCAGAUGGACAUUUUCGAGCUCUUGCUCGCCCGCGGGGCCAGUAUUCACGGGAAGCGCUUCUAUCAGAAGGCGGACGGUAUCCUGCACAUUCCGAUAUUCACCGCUGCGGUCAAGAUGGCCUCCCAAGGACCGCAGGCCGUCCUCAGAUGUGUCGACAGCGGAUCAAUGGUCAACCACGCCGCAGCGGUCAUCGCCAGAGGGAGGGCCCAGCGCGGCAACGGGAGCCAAAAGAAGGCUUUUAUGCCGCAUCCCAUCUACGCUUACUUGUACGCCAUCGAGGACUGGGACCCCGAAGAGUCGAGUACCAUGACUCCUGUUGAGGGGGUCAAGUUCUGGCUUGAGCUCGGCGUCGCGAUUGGAAAAGACGCCAGGCCGGUUCAAAAUGCCAGGGCAGUGCAAGAACCCGUAUCAGCGCAAGAAGGGGAACUAAGUCAGGAGGCUGUGCGGAAGCCAUGGGCGCGUCACGACCUCACCGCAAAGUCGCUGGUGUUUUUCUUGAUUCAGCAGCGGGGACUCCGCAGGUUUGAGAGUGAUGGGUAUUUCACGCUUGUCAAGUUCCUCGCUAGCCUCGGGUCCUCGAGAGAUGAAGUCCUGGAGCUACGAGAUAUGUACAACAGGUGUCAUCAUAUGGAGAGCACUGUUGUGAACGAUCGUUGGCAGGAGGUGCUUCGGAUGCUCGACGUCCCCUACGCGUGAUAAGUGGUUGCACUCGAUGUGGAGUGUGAAGGCACAGUCAAUGACAGGCGAUCUCGCGCCAUCGCUGCAGAAACGGACAUGGACAAUGCGGGACACUGGGGAUACGGAAGAGUCUUGAGCAAGGUAUCAACAUAACUGUAUGCAUGUUGUCUUGGAUCAACGCGCUGGGACGAGUGUCAUCAAGUCAAUACUGAUACCGUGUACAUCUUGAACAUAGGCGAAGUCUUUCCAGCAGCUGCAGCUUAGCUUAGCUCAGGACCACAACUCGAAAGUAGUUGGUGUGAAUAUGUGUGAUAUUACCUGUCCUUCCUAGUACAACAUGAAGCACGACGUCACACAAGGAUGCGCUUAUUCUGAGGUUAAGAGUGG